GCUCCACUGCCCGUCAGUUGCCGCCAGACCACCCUCUUAUACGUCGAUUUUUAGUUUUAGUGCAGUGUGUGAAAACCGAAACAAACAUGUGCAACCCUUUCCGGAUAGCCAUCGUCUCUGUUAUCUGUAUGGUCGUCGCCUCCGGCCAUGUACACGGACCUCGAAGAUCCCGCAUUAUGGAUUUAGAGGAUUAUGCACAGAACGAAGUCGACAGCGGAAGAGCUGAUGAGAGCUCAUGGUGGCCCUCGGCAGAAUUCACCGUCUUACAGAAGAUUUAUGAUGAUUGCAGUGCGCAGAAACAAUUCACGAUGUGUUUAAAAGGCAAAGCUCUUACGGCGCUCACUAGGGCUGUUGAGCAGGAGAGCGUUCAGCUCGCUGACGGCUUGACUCUGGUGAAGCAGGCUGACGCGCCCUCCGCGGUGGCAGAGCCUCGGUUCUUCCCUGGGAUGACAGCCGAGGACAAGGUCGACACAAUGCUGCGCACCAAAUUCGAGCAAUUGAUGAACACUCACACGAUCUCUAUGGAUCUUGCUUCGGAAGGCAGAGGCAGAGGUAAGAAGGUUCUGCCCUACCUGCUGCUUGGCAUCUUCACAACCGUGAGCAUAGUUGGCGGUAUGGCUUUGAAGACUCUAGCAGCCAUUGCUGGUAAAGCGCUCAUCGCCAGUAAGGUGGCUCUCACUAUUGCUGGAAUCAUUGCUCUGAAGAAGCUGUUCAGUCACGACGGCAAUAAUGGUGAAACUACCUUCCAAGUUCAUGCAGAUGGACACCAUAGGCGGAAUCUAUAUGUGGUGAGGCCAGCAAAACCAGGCUUGGUGGACCCGUAUCGGUAUUAUGCGGAGCAGACGACCGAGAGCACGUAAGCAGUUGAGCGGCAGAGUUAUGGGCCCUCGAACUGCCCAGCCACUCCGCAGCUCCUGAGCAGCCGCUGAGCAGCUACCAGCAGCCGCUGAAAGCUAUCAGCAGCAGCUGAGCAGCCCCAGCAGCCGCCAAGCCCCUGGCCCGGCCCGGACGCCUCCGCCGCCACCGUCGCCUCCGCCAUGCCGACCCACAAAAUAACCUCAAACCAAAGUACCGUCCAAUUUGGACAUCCUUCUUAGACGAAUCGGUCGUCCACUCUUGCUCUCAAAUCUAUGUCAGUAAAUUAUUUAAUGUAAUUUAUUUAUUUGUGACUACGGUUGUAUGUUGAAUGUAAAUUAAUUUACUAAGUGAUGUAAGAUAUAAAUAAAAAAAACAUUACACAGAAUCUAGUUUCAUUCUCCAUAGUAUGUGUAAGUAUUGAAAUCAGUGUCAAUUUUAUGACAAAUAAAUAAUGAAAAAGA